GGGUGCCCCGCUGCCGGCGGCUGCGUGCGCAGCUCAGGGCGUCCGCGCCGCUGCCGAGCGCUCUCUUCCCCAGGGUCCCGGCGCGCCAGCCCGCGGCGCACGGAGCAGGCGGCCGCGUCCGGAGGGGCCGGAGGGGCCGGCGAGGCCGGCGGAGCCAGCGGAGCCAGCGGGGCAGGCGAGGCCAGCGGGGCAGGCGGGCCGUCGGCGCUGCGCUCGGCCGCCAUGGCGGCGGUGCUGCAGCAGGUCCUGGAGCGCGCCGAGCUCAGCAAGCUGCCCAAGGCCGUGCAGGGCAAGCUGGAGAAGUUCCUGGCCGACCAGCAGUCCGAGAUCGACGGGCUCAAGGGGCGGCACGAGAAGUUCAAGGUGGAGAGCGAACAACAGUACUUCGAGGUAGAGAAGAGGCUGUCCCACAGCCAGGAGCGGCUGGUGAAUGAAUCUCGCGCGUGCCAGGGCUUGCGGGCCGAGCUGGAGAAGCUGCACAAUCAGGUGAAGGUCCUAACGGAGCAGAACAGAGAGCUUCAGAGCGCUCAGGACCGCACCAGCGCCGUGCAGAACCAACUUACAAGAACAAAGGAGGAAUUAGAAGCUGAGAAAAGAGACUUAGUUAGAACCAAUGAAAGAUUAUCCCAAGAACUUGAAUAUUUAACAGAGGAUGUUAAACGUCUGAGUGAAAAGCUGAAAGAAAGCAAUACAACAAAGGGUGAACUUCAGUUAAAACUGGAUGAGCUGCAAGCUUCUGAUGUUUCUGUUAAGUAUCGAGAAAAACGCUUGGAACAAGAAAAAGAAUUACUACAUAGUCAGAAUACGUGGCUGAAUGCAGAGCUGAAAACCAAAACUGAUGAGCUUCUGGCUCUUGGAAGAGAGAAAGGGAAUGAGAUCCUGGAACUCAAGUGUAACCUGGAGAAUAAAAAGGAGGAGGUGUCCCGCCUGGAGGAGCAGAUGAAUGGUUUGAAGACCUCCAAUGAGCAUCUGCAGAAGCACGUGGAGGAUCUGUUGACGAAAUCCAAAGAGGCUAAGGAACAGCAAGCCAGCAUGGAAGAGAAAUUCCACAGUGAAUUAAAUGCUCACAUCAAACUGUCUAACUUGUAUAAGAGUGCUGCUGACGACUCAGAAGCAAAGAGCAGUGAACUAACCCGUGCCGUAGAUGAGCUACACAAACUCCUGAAAGAGGCGGGAGAAGCCAACAAAGCAGUACAAGAUCAUCUUCUGGAGGUAGAGCAGUCUAAAGAGCGAAUGGAGAAAGAAAUGCGUGAGAAAAUUGGAAAACUGGAGAAAGAAUUAGAAAAUGCAAAUGACCUCCUAUCUGCCACAAAGCGCAAAGGCGCUGUCCUGUCCGAGGAGGAGCUGGUGGCCAUGUCUCCCACUGCAGCAGCAGUAGCCAAGAUCGUGAAGCCUGGCAUGAAGUUAACCGAGCUGUAUAACGCGUACGUGGAAGCCCAGGACCAGCUGCUGUUAGAGAAACUGGAGAACAAAAGAAUUAAUAAAUAUCUGGAUGAAAUUGUGAAGGAAGUUGAAGCCAAAGCUCCCAUCCUGAAACGCCAGCGUGAGGAGUAUGAGCGUGCGCAGAAAGCUGUGGCCAGUCUGUCCGUGAAACUCGAGCAAGCCAUGAAGGAGAUGCAGCGCUUGCAGGAGGACGCGGACAAAGCCCGCAAGCGCUCCUCCGUGCUUGAACGAGACAACCAGAGGCUGGAGGUGCAAGCCAAGGAUCUCUCCCAGCAGAUUAGAGUACUUUUGAUGGAACUUGAAGAAGCACGGGGUAACCAUGUGAUUCGUGACGAAGAGGUGAGCUCCGCCGACAUCAGCAGUUCGUCUGAGGUGAUAUCCCAGCACCUCGUGUCCUACAGAAACAUCGAAGAGCUCCAGCAGCAAAAUCAGCGUCUCUUGGUGGCUCUUCGGGAACUUGGGGAGACCAGAGAGAGAGAGGAACAAGAAACGACCUCAUCCAAGAUCUCGGAACUUCAGCUGCAGCUGGAGAGCUCCCUCACGGAACUGGAGCAGCUCCGCGAGUCCCGACAGCAUCAGAUGCAGCUGGUGGAUUCCAUCGUUCGUCAGCGCGACAUGUACCGUAUUUUGUUGUCACAAACAACAGGAGUUGUCAUUCCCUUACAAGCAUCCAAUUUGGAAGACAUUUCUCUUGUGUCAACCCCAAAACGGCCAGGCACAUCACAGACUGCUUCCACUCCUGCUCCAGUACCUGUGAUUGAAUCGACAGAGGCUGUGGAAGCCAAGGCUGCGCUCAGACAGUUGCAGGAAAUUUUUGAGAACUAUAAAAAAGAAAAAGCAGAUAAUGAGAAAGUACAGAAUGAACAGCUUGAGAAACUUCAAGAACAAGUCACAGAUUUACGAUCACAAAACACCAAAGUUUCUACACAACUAGAUUUCGCAUCUAAGCGUUAUGAAAUGCUACAAGACAACGUUGAAGGAUAUCGUCGAGAAAUAACUUCCCUUCAUGAGAGGAACCAGAAACUGACAGCGACAACCCAAAAACAGGAACAGAUCAUCAACACGAUGACUCAGGACCUGAGAGGAGCAAACGAGAAGCUGGCGGUGGCGGAAGUAAGAGCUGAAAAUUUGAAGAAAGAAAAGGAAAUGCUCAAAUUAUCAGAAGUUCGGCUUUCCCAGCAAAGAGAGUCUCUGUUGGCUGAGCAGAGAGGGCAAAACCUGCUGCUGACUAACCUGCAGACAAUUCAGGGAAUACUGGAACGAUCUGAAACAGAGACCAAGCAGAGGCUUGGUAACCAGGUAGAGAAGCUGGAGCAGGAGGUCUUGCAUCUGAAGAAGAAGCUGGAGAACGAGGCGGAGCAGAAGCGCACUGUGACCAGGGCCCUGGAUGUUCAACUUUCAGAUGCAAAGAGACAGCUGGAUACUGAGAUAAACCUUCAUGCGAACUCGAAAGAGCUGUUAAAAAAUGCUCAAAAGGAAGUUGCUGCGUUGAAACAGCACCUCAGUAACAUGGAAGUCCAGCUUGCAUCUCAGUCCUCACAGAGAACUGGGAAAGGUCAGCCUGGUGAGAAGGAAGAUGAGGGUGACCUUGUCAGUCAGCUGAGGCAGGCGGAAGAGCAGGUGAAUGACCUGAGGGAGAGACUCAGGACAAGUACCAGCAACGUGGAGCAGUAUCGAGCAAUGGUUACCAGUUUAGAAGAAUCCCUGAACAAGGAGAAACAGGUGACAGAAGAAGUACGUAAAAACAUUGAAGUUCGUUUAAAAGAAUCAGCUGAGUUUCAGACACAGUUGGAAAAGAAGUUGAUGGAAGUAGAGAAGGAAAAACAAGAACUUCAGGAUGAGAAGAGAAGAGCCGUAGAGAGCAUGGAACAGCAGUUAUCUGAGUUGAAGAAGACACUUUCUAGCGUGCAGAAUGAAGUCCAGGAGGCUCUGCAGAGAGCAAGCACAGCUCUGAGCAACGAGCAGCAAGCCCGGCGGGACUGCCAGCAGCAGGCUAAGAUGGCGGUGGAGGCCCAGAACAAGUACGAGCGGGAGCUGAUGCUGCAUGCCGCAGAUGUGGAAGCCCUGCACGCCGCCAAGCAGCAGGUUUCCCAAAUGGCCGCCGUCCGUCAGCAUUUGGAACAAACAGCCCAGAAGGCAGAAUCCCAGUUGUUGGAGUGUAAAGCAUCUUGGGAAGAAAGAGAGAGGAUGCUAAAGGAUGAAGUUUCUAAGUGUGUGUCUCGCUGUGAAGAUCUAGAGAAACAAAACCGGUUACUUCAUGAUCAGAUUGAAAACUUAAGUGACAAGGUCGUGGCCUCCAUGAAGGAGGGUGUGCAAGGCCCACUGAAUUUCUCUCUCAGUGAGGAAGGGAAAUCACAGGAACAAAUUUUAGAAAUUCUCAGAUUUAUACGAAGAGAAAAAGAAAUCGCUGAAACGAGGUUUGAGGUGGCUCAGGUGGAGAGUCUGCGUUAUCGACAGAGAGUUGAACUUCUAGAGAGAGAGCUGCAGGAAGUGCAGGACAGUCUGAAUACGGAAAGGGAGAAGGUCCAGGUGACUGCAAAAACUAUGGCUCAGCAUGAAGAACUGAUGAAGAAAACAGAGACAAUGAAUGUCGUUAUGGAGACCAACAAGAUGCUGAGAGAGGAGAAGGAGAGGCUGGAGCAGGAACUGCAGCAAAUGCAAGCAAAGGUGCGCAAGCUGGAGCUGGACAUCCUGCCCCUGCAGGAAGCGAAUGCUGAGCUCAGUGAGAAAAGCGGCAUGUUGCAAGCAGAGAAGAAGUUGCUAGAAGAGGAUGUCAAACGGUGGAAAGCGCGUAACCAGCAUCUGGUAAAUCAGCAGAAAGAUCCAGAUACAGAGGAAUAUCGAAAGCUCCUUUCUGAGAAGGAAGUCCAUACGAAGCGGAUUCAGCAGUUGACUGAGGAGGUUGGCCGACUGAAGGCUGAGGUUGCCAGAUCAAAUGCGUCCUUGACUAACAACCAGAAUUUAAUCCAAAGUCUGAAGGAAGAAUUAAAUAAAGUAAAAACUGAAAAAGAAACCAUCCAGAAGGAUUUAGAUGCCAAAAUAAUUGAUAUCCAAGAAAAGGUCAAAACUAUUACUCAAGUCAAGAAGAUUGGACGCAGAUACAAGACUCAGUAUGAAGAACUCAAAGCCCAGCAGGAUAAGGCCGUGGAGACGUCAGCUCAGUCUUCCGGAGACCAUCAGGAGCAGCAGGUCUCAGUGCAGGAGAUGCAGGAGCUCAAGGAAGCCCUCAGCCACGCUGAGGCCAAGGCCAAGUCCCUGGAGAGUCAAGUAGAGACUCUGCAGAAGACGUUGUCGGAGAAGGAGACGGAGGCGAGAAGUGUGCAGGAGCAGACGGCACAGCUGCAGUCGGAGCUAGCACGGCUGCGCCAGGACCUGCAGGAGCGGGCCACGCAGGAGGAGCAGCUGCGGCAGCAGAUCACCGAGAAGGAGGAGAAGACCAGGAAGGCCAUUGUGGCAGCCAAGUCCAAGAUUGCACACUUGGCUGGUGUGAAAGAUCAGCUAACUAAAGAAAACGAGGAACUUAAACAAAGGAAUGGAGCCUUAGAUCAACAGAAGGAUGAACUGGAUGUGCGCAUGACUGCCUUGAAGUCCCAGUACGAAGGUCGGAUCAGCCGGCUGGAGAGGGAGCUCCGAGAGCAGCAGGAACGGCACCUUGAGCAGAGGGAUGAGCCCCAGGAGCCUGCCAGCAAGGUCCCAGAGCAGCAGAGGCAGAUCACGUUGAAAACCACCCCAGCUUCUGGGGAAAGGGGGAUUGCCAGCACUUCAGACCCACCAACAGCCAAUAUUAAGCCGACUCCCGUUGUGUCUACUCCAAGUAAAGUAACAGCUGCAGCGAUGGCUGGCAGUAAGUCAACACCCAGGGCGAGCAUCCGCCCAAUGGUCACACCUGCAGCGGUCACAAACCCCACAACCACCCCGACGGCCACAGUGAUGCCCACCACACAGGUGGAAUCGCAGGAAGCUAUGCAGUCCGAAGGGCCUGUGGAGCAUGUCCCAGUGUUUGGAAGCACUAGUGGAUCUGUCCGUUCUACAAGUCCUAAUGUCCAGCCUUCCAUCUCUCAGCCCAUCCUGACUGUUCAGCAGCAGACACAGGCCACGGCUUUUGUGCAGCCCACCCAGCAGAGUCAUGCUCAGAUUGAGCCUGCAAAUCAGGAGCUCUCCCCCAGCAUAGUGGAGCUCGUUCAGAGUUCACCGGUCGAGCGGCCUUCUACCUCCACAGCAGUGUUUGGGACUGUUUCAGCCACUCCAAGUUCUUCUUUGCCAAAACGCACACGAGAGGAAGAGGAAGAGAAUACCAUAGAAGCCUCGGAGCAAGUCUCUGAGGACACAGUGGAGAUGCCUCUUCCCAAGAAGCUGAAGAGUGUGACCCCCGUGGGAACUGAGGAAGAAGUUGUGGCAGAGGAAAGUACCGACGGAGAGGCAGAGCCGCCAGCCUACAACCAGGACUCUCAGGAUUCCAUUGGAGAGGGAGUCACCCAGGGAGAUUACACGCCUGUGGAGGACAGUGAAGAGACCUCACAGUCUCUGCAGAUGGCCCUGGGGCCCCUGCAGUCCGACCAGCAGACAACGGCUUCGUCCCAGGAUGGCCAGGGCAAAGGGGAUGAUGUCAUUGUGAUUGACAGUGAUGAUGAAGAGGAGGAAGAGGAUGAAAGUGACGGGGAGCAUGAGGAUUAUGAAGAAGACGAAGAAGAUGAUGAUGAAGACGAGGAUGACACGGGGAUGGGAGACGAGGGUGAAGACAGUAACGAGGGCACUGGCAGUGCAGAUGGUAACGACGGCUAUGAAGCCGACGAGGCCGAGGGUGGUGAGGGGACCGAUCCAGGCACGGAAACAGAAGAAAGUAUGGGUGGAGGAGAGAGUAACCAGAGAGCUGCCGAUUCGCAAAAUGGCGGUGAUGGAAGCACGGGGCCGGCGGAGUCUUUGUCCCAGGAGAUUUCCAGAGACCAGCAGCCGUCGUCAGCAUCUGAAAGACAAGCCCCUCGAGCGCCCCAGUCCCCAAGGCGCCCACCGCACCCGCUACCCCCUCGGCUGACCAUUCAUGCGCCGCCACAGGAGCUUGGCCCACCAGUGCAGAGAGUUCAGAUGGCACGGCGGCAGUCUGUCGGGCGCGGGCUUCAGCUGACUCCAGGGAUAGGCGGCACGCAGCACUUCUUCGAUGACGAAGACAGAACAGUCCCAAGUACUCCAACUCUCGUGGUGCCACAUCGCACUGACGGGUUUGCGGAGGCCAUCCAUUCCCCCCAGGUUGCUGGUGUUCCCCGGUUCCGGUUUGGGCCACCUGAAGAUAUGCCACAGACCAGUUCUAGUCACUCCGAUCUUGGCCAGCUCGCUUCUCAAGGAGGUCUGGGGAUGUAUGAGACCCCCCUCUUCCUGGCUCACGAAGAGGAGUCAGGUGGCCGGAGCGUUCCCACUACUCCUCUGCAAGUGGCCGCCCCUGUGACUGUGUUUACUGAAAGUGCCACGUCGGAUGCCUCCGAGCACGCCUCGCAGUCCGUUCCCAUGGUGACCACAUCCACUGGCGCUUUAUCCACCACAAAUGACGCUGCUGCGGGGGAUGAUGGAGAUGAAGUGUUUGUGGAGGCAGAGUCUGAAGGUAUUAGUUCAGAAGCCGGCCUGGAAAUUGACAGCCAGCAAGAAGAAGAGUCUGUGCAGGCCUCCGAGGAGUCGGAUCUGCCCUCCACCAGCCAGGAGCCUCCCUCCAGCUCCUCCGCAGACACCAGCAGCAGUCAACCAAAGCCUUUCCGAAGGGUGAGACUUCAGACAACACUAAGACAAGGUGUGCGUGGACGUCAGUUUAACAGACAAAGAGGUUUGAGCCAUGCAAUGGGAGGAAGAGGAGGACUCAAUAGAGGAAAUAUUAAUUAAAUGGUGUGUAAACUCUGUGAAUAAGAUCAUCGAAUUUGUUCAGUGUAAUAAUUGUCAAGUCGAAGAACAUGUUUAUAUUUAAAUUAGUAUGCUUGUCUCAACAUGCUUUAUUAAUAAAAUGUAUUUCAGUGUCAAAA